AUGAGCGGCCAACCCCACUACAUUCCUCCCCCAACCCAAAUGCUCACCCGCCAAUUUUACGUCACCGCCCCUGCCCCCUCACCCUCUUCAUCCGCUUCUCCCUCAGCCCUCCCCCAGCUCCAGCACCAGCACCGCCACACAAACUGCUCCACCAUCACCGAAGAAUCAUCAACAUCUUCACAUCCUUCAGCGUCCACACGCUCCCACGGUCGACAGCGCGCGGCCAGCUCGUCGAUGGACCCAGCGCUGCACAAGGCACUCGAAGAAGCUACGGCCGGGAUCUACGGGCUCGCGAGAGGAGGUAGUAGCGAGGAAGGCAAAGGAGAAGAAAGAGACGGAGAAGGUCAAAAAGAGGGCGGAGUCGUAAAAGAAGAAGUGAAAAGAGAGGACCCGAUGAAGUACGAACCACAAGUCUCAUCAUCACCUUCCACAACCACAGCUACUACUCCUGCGCAAGCGGGUAUAGCUCCUCAGCCCUCUUCUUCUACUCCUCCUCCUUCUUUCCCCCUCCCUCUUGUUCUUUCUCCUCCUCCUCCCACCACCGCCGCCAUCGACCCCAAGACUCCCACAGCAACAACAGCAACACCCCCUAUCCAAACCACCGAAAAACCCCUCCCUCAAACUCCCGCCUCCAACGCCAAAGAUAAAAAGCAGAAGAGCCCCCCUCGCUCCUGUCUCUCAACUUGCCUCUCCCCCGUCAAAGCGGUGUUCGGGUACGCGACGUGCGCGCCCUGCCGCACGCAGCGCGAUGGAUGCUGCACCGAGCAGGGCUGCUUUCGGUUGUGUCUUGCUUGUGGGCCUUGUUGCUGGUUUACUUGCUUUCCUUGCUGUGGGGGGAGGGUUGGGGAUGUGCCUAGGCCUAUUGGUGUUGUUUAG